GUAAGGUUGUCGAGCGUUUUACGACAUUGUCGUUAAACGUCACCAUACGGCAGCGUCGCAAUGGCCUUUGCGGCGACAGCGCUUUGCGGCAGCAGGGAGAGCUCGAGGAGAAAGCGAGCGAAUAACGUCGCCACUUCGCCUCCAUAAUCCGCCGAGUUUCUCCACUUCGGGCGCAGCGACACCCGGGGCCUUGUCGUAUCCCCGCUUGGCGUCGUGAAUGAGCUUGCGUCCGACGUUUCCCAAGCGCGAAUCGCCACCUUGAUGCGGUGGGAUGGCCACAGUGCCGCCUGGGCCUAGUAGCGCACUGGCCGCAUCCCCGGCUGAAAGUCCACCUUUCCCCGGGGCCGGAGGCGAGGACGGUGGGCCGCGUCGCGCCGGCGAGGUCCCCGCGUCGGGGAAGGCGCUCACCGAAGCCAAGCAGCCGGAUAAGAGGAGGAAGAAGAAAAACAUGCUAACUCGAGCUAGCCCGCCGGCUUUGCACCUCAAAAUGCCGAUCGGAGAGCAGCAGCAGCUCAACGGCUUGGCCGGUAGCCCCGUCGAGGAGCCGGGGGGACGUGACAAUCCGAGACCGCCCGCGGACGACUGCGACAGCGGCGACGACGUUGACGGGACCCCGGCCGCCCCGAACAACACGGAGGACCGCCAACGUGAAGGCCCUCGCUCCAAAAACGGCCGCCGCUCGCCUCUGGUCAACAAUAGCGUGAACGGGAUGCCGGCCCGGACGAGAACUCCCGAGAGCUCCGGCGAAACGGAGCGACCCCAACCCCAGCUCCAGUUCCAGCCGCCCGCGGAGGAGCUGGCCCGGCUGGAGCUGGGCGGCUCGCCCGAGGAGGAGAGCCGCGACAUUUGUUAUGUGCGCUACGAGUCCGAGCUGCAGAUGCCUUGGAUCAUGAGACUCAUCACCAAGGACUUGUCUGAGCCUUACUCCAUUUACACCUACAGGUACUUCAUCCACAACUGGCCGCAGCUCUGCUUCCUGGCCAUGGUGGAGCAGGAGUGCGUCGGCGCCAUCGUGUGUAAGCUGGAUAUGCACAAGAAGAUGUUCCGGCGCGGUUACAUCGCCAUGCUUGCCGUCGACUCCAAACACAGAAGGAAAAGCAUCGGUACAAAUCUGGUGAAGAAGGCCAUCUACGCCAUGGUGGAGGGAGACUGCGAUGAGGUGGUCCUGGAGACGGAGAUCACCAACAAGUCGGCUUUGAAGCUGUACGAGAACUUAGGCUUUGUGCGGGACAAGCGGCUCUUCAGAUACUACCUGAACGGCGUGGACGCACUGAGGCUCAAACUGUGGCUACGUUGAGGGGGGGCCGCGAUGGAGGACGGAGGGACAGGAGGGUACAGACCAUCUAUCAAGCCUGCCUGCCUCAUUUCACUCUGUACACACACACAUACACAACCAGUAUGCACAUAUAUAUAUGCAUCCAUACACACACACACACACAUUAUUCUUGCCCUCCAGAAGUUUCCAUGAAGGCCCCUCUUCCUCCCAUCAUAAAAAGAUUGAAGGGCCCUGGGGGGUUGCGAGGGUCUCAGGACGACCUCGAUGACGUUUUUCGGCCUUCGGACUUUGGGCAAGGACGCAUGGACGCAAGGAAAAACAAGUAAGCGAUGGGGGCCUAAAGGACCCCCAAACUUAAUGGUGGAGUUUAUUUUUGUGUUUCUUUUUCAAAUUCCUCGGAGGGGGUCACGACUGCAUAGUUGGGUGCGGUUUGACUGCCUCCGAUUGUGUAUCAGUUUCCCCGUUUGUCCACUCGGUGGUGCUGUUUCUGCCUCGUACACCUCCAAGGACUGAAGCCUGUUUCAAGACGUAUUUCUAUUUCA